AUGAGUGAGUUUAAGUCGUACGAUAUAUAUAAGGAGGAUUUUUUUGAAGCUAUCGUAAUUGGAGGUGGUACUUGCGGUUUGGCUGUUUCUGCUAGAUUGUGUGAGGACUAUCCUGGAUCAAUCUACACUGAAGACGAACACCAAAGAUUCCGAUGGUUAAAACAGAGAGGCAAUAAGGUUAAUUUAAUCAAUCAUAAUGUAUCUUCAAAAACAAAGUUCAAACCAGUCCCGAAAGGCAGUGCAUAUACGCUGCCCAAAAAGUUUCAUCCACUGGAAAUUCUAGUGCUUGAUGGUGUAUCAAAUAAAUUCCUAGGUCAAUGGGACAACCAAUUUGCUAGGUGUCAGAUACCAUAUUUGAGAUCUCCAAUGUUUUUCCACCCAGAUCCAGUAAACGUAGACGGCCUAGUUACUUAUUCCCACUUCGUUAAACGAGAUAGUCCGAAAGAUUUAAUGAAAAUUGAAAAUGUAGUUGGUAAAGAAUACUCCAAACAUCAACAAAAAAAGCUUUUAAACAAGAACUCGAAGAAGAAACAAUUCAAAGAUCCUAUACCAACCCAGAAAUUUGGUCAAUUUUCGGAUAAGCCUGGUCUUAUUGAUAUUAACAUGAGAGAUUGGAAAGAUUACUACAGGCCCUCCACCCCUCUUUUUAGAGAUUUUUGUCAGGAUAUAAUAAAUAGGUAUCAACUUCAUGAUGUUGUUAGAAAAGAUGAAGUUGAAUCUAUAGAAUAUUGCUUCAUCAAUAUCAUUGACGAAGGUGAAGCAGGAAUGGGUUUUAUUAUCAAAACUCCCUCAAAAGUGUUCGGUUGCAAAAUAUGCGUUCUCGCGAGCGGACAUGCAGGUGAAAUCAAUUAUCCUAUAAGCCCGUUUGAAACUAAAUCACAAUUUCCUGAAGGCAGUUGUCAUACGACACAUAUAUUCUCUGGAACUGUAAAGUUUCCGCAUGAUAGAAUUAUAGAAAAGGUUAGCCAGCGUAAGGGAACUUCUAUAGUAAUUGUUGGAGGUGGUCUCACCUCCGCUCAAAUGGCGCAUGUUGCAAUACUCUCCGGGGUUGAAAAAGUAUACCUAGUUCUUAGAGGAGCAUUGAAGAUAAAGCAUUUUGAUUUUCAUCUCGAUUGGGUUACCAAGUAUAAAAACGUCAAGAAAUCUGCUUUUUAUGUUAAAGAUACAGAUGAAGAGAGAUAUGACAUGAUUCAAGAAGCUAGGGAAGGUGGCUCAAUUAAUCCUGAAUAUUACAAGAAGCUUAAGAUGCAUAUUAAAAGUGGAAAGCUUGAAAUAUUUAAACAUAGUACUGUUGAAGAUAAAGAAUGGAAUGCUGGGUCCAAGUUAUGGGAUCUUACCAUCAAUUCCAGAUCAGAAACAAAAAAUACAAUUGAUGAAUCAGAUAUAUUUUAUGGGACUAAUUUAUCAAAUAUUGACUAUAUCUAUUACGCAACAGGAAUAUCUGCAAACAUAAAAUCAUUGCCAUGUCUAAAACCAAUUAUUGAAGCGUACAAUAUUGAAACAGUGAAAGGCUUUCCCUGUCUUACGGAUAACUUACAAUGGAACGAUGAGAUCCCAUUAUUUGUAGUAGGAAAAAAUGCUUCUCUAAGAAUGGGUCCCUCUUCUGCUAACCUAGAUGGUGCAAGGUUGGGAGCAGAAAGGAUUGGCUGGUAUAUACAAGAAUUGAAGUCUCAGGGUAAAUUCGACUGGAACAGCAAGGAAUGCAAAUAUUGUUCAUACACAGAAUCAGUGGAUGACUCAGAUGAUAGUUUGGAUGAUAAACUUGAUAAAUUAUCUACUAACUCUGAUAAAGAAUCUGAAAUUGAGUUGACUUCCUUUGAAACACAACUCAAAUUAGCAUGUGGGGAAUUAAAUUGGUUUUCAUUACUACAAGAAGUUUAA